CGAGGCCCCGCCCCUUCCCUCUGCCUCUUACACAAACAGCACUAGAGGACGGGGAGAGUAAAUAGAGAAAGCCCCAAGAUGGCGGAGUCAGUGAGCUUCAUUCACUUCGCAGCGGCGAAUAAAAACCCACUCCCAAAGCCCAAGGAACAUAAAGAAGCGGUAGAGGGUCGUCCGCAGUCGUCCCGCGACCAUCACCCUCCACCCCCCAAGAAAGUUAGAAACGAGGAGAAGAGUCUUAAACCCAAGAAACUGAACGGGGAAGGCGGAGGAGCUGGAGGAGGCGGCACGGCGGAUAAGCAACACCAGAAGCAGAGUUAUGGCAGCCCGACAACAUGGAGCAUCGGUCCCAUCAAGGCAAGCCACUCCACGGUGCCUAUCCAGGCGCCCCGGCACAAGAUUUUUAAGCAGAGCGAUUUCCUCGCCCCCUACCCUAAGCUUAAGAAGCCCAAGGAGAAACGAGAAAAGGAAAAACUGAAGAAGAAACACAAACCUGUGUUGGAAAUAAACAGUCUUUCCAGCUCUGGUGUAAAGAAGGAAAAUGGAGAGGUGAAGUUGGUGCAGAAAGACCACAAUGGCAGGGACAAAGAAAAAGAAAAGAAGAAGGAAAAGGAAAAAGAUCGAGAGGAAAAGAAAAAACACAAAGUAAUGAAUGAGAUUAAGAGGGAAAAUGGAGAAAUCAAAUUGUUCCAGAAAGUGGAGAAGAUGAGACCAAAAAUAAACUCUGAAGAGCUCCUGAUGAAGAAGAUGAAGAAGAAAAAGAAAAAGAAACACAAAGAAGGGGAGAAACGCAGGAGGCCCAGGAUGCACAGCAGGUCGUGUCAGACCACUUGCUCGGGGCUGGUGACUAGCAAAGUGGUGACACCUCCCCUGAUGCUCCACCAGGGCGGCGCUGUUAAGGAGGAGAAGGACUGCCGUGGGCAGCCGGGGGCACCAGGCACUGAGGGCCUGGAGUUCGCCCGACUGGUGCACGUGGAGCGGCAGCCCAACGGCGGAGCUUUGGUGGCCCAUGCCUACAGCGAGGAGCUGGCCCUCCUGUCCCCUGCGGAGGCACAGCGCUUUGCCCAGGAGUUUGUCACGCUGGCCUUCAGCGAGAACGAGGCUGGCGCCGCGCACUUCGUCAUGAGCAUCGUGCAUGGGGCCGCCUCCUACCUUCCCGACUUCCUAGAGUACUUCUCCCUCAAGUUCCCCAACUCGCCCGUCAAGAUGGAGAUCCUGGGGAAGAAGGAUAUCGAGACGACCACGAUGUCAAACUUCCAUGCUCAGGUAAAGAGGACCUACUCCCAUGGGACAUACCGCGCUGGGGCCAUGCGACAGAUCAGCCUGGUGGGCGCCGUGGACGAGGAGGUGGGCGACUAUUUCCCAGAAUUCCUCAGCCUGCUGGAAGAGUCACCCUUUCUCCAACGCACACUGCCCUGGGGCACUUUCUCCAGCCUGAGGCUACGCAGCCCCACAGAGAGCGACGACGGCCCCAUCAUGUGGGUGCGGCCAGGGGAGCAAAUGAUCCCUGUCGCCGACAUGCCAAAGUCCCCCUUCAAGAGGAAAAGGUCAACCAAUGAAAUCAAGAAUCUGCAGUACCUACCUCGGACCAGCGAGCCACGCGAAAUGCUCUUUGAGGACCGGACCCGCGCCCACGCCGACCACGUCGGGCAGGGCUUUGAGCGGCAGACCACGGCAGCGGUGGGCGUGCUGAAGGCCGUGCACUGCGGGCAGAGUGCGGAUCCCCCGCGGAUAACCAAAGACGUGAUCUGCUUCCACGCUGGAGACUUUCAGGAUGUGGUACAGAGACUGCAGCUGGACCUGCACGAGCCUCCCCUCUCUCAGUGCAUACAGUGGGUGGAUGAUGCCAAGCUGAACCAGCUCCGACGGGAAGGUAUCCGCUACGCCCGCAUCCAGCUGUAUGACGACGACAUCUACUACAUCCCCCGCGGCGUGGUGCACCAGUUCAAGACAGUGUCGUCUGUCUGCAGCCUGGCCUGGCACAUCCGCUUGAAACAGUACCACCGCAAGGCAGAGGAUGGGCCCCAGGACUGCCCACAGCCACCUGACCCCGCCCACUCCCCUGCUGACAUCACCAGCCAUGGACACUCCUCCUUCACCCACAUCAAAUCAGAACCUGUGGACUCGCCUCUGGCCCCCCCACCAGAGAAUGAGCCCAAACCUCCCGAUCCCCCAAAGUCUGGGACUGCUUUAAACAAGCCCCACGCCAGCACUCCCCAGAGGUGGAGCGAGAAGCAGAGGGACAUAGCAUACCCAAAGCCCCCAGUCAUCCCCCAGGACACACGGCCCCCCACCUCUUUAAAACAUACCCUGCAUGAGCAGCAUAAAGAGUUUUUAUACUGAUUUUUGUACCAGAGAUUAACCCCCCACACACACACACACACACAAAAUGGACCAGUGGUAUGUUAUAUGGGUUUGUGAGUCCGGUGGGGCAAACAUCAGUCUGUUGCCAUGUGGAGAUGUGGAGCACAGGUAGCUAGACACAUUCCUCGGGGCCUCUCUCCAAGCACUUCGAGCUGACUGCCUCAGCAAGCAAACAGCUCCUCACAUAAUCUAUUUUUUAAGUUGUAGGAUCUUAUAGUUGCCAUAAGUACCAGUUUUGGUUUUUUUAUGACAAUUCUUUUAACGACCCCUUCACCCUCCAUAGAGUUUAUUUAUAUUAAUUUUUUGUUCAAUUUUAAAUGUCAGCACUGUAGUGUAAAUAUUUUUUUGAAAUUGUAGUGUGAUUUAUACCUAAAUUUGAACCUCCUAAUAAAGGUUCGAAACAUUGGGGCGUUUUUCCAUUUAAACAGGUGACAUGGAGCCCCUCUACGCAGGAUUUGAUUGGACAGAGAGGUAGGUCACAUGACCGAAGAACUUGUCCUGAAUGCAGCAAACAGUGAAUAAUGUAUGUAAUGUAUGUAAAUAAUUGGAAGAUGGGCAUUUAUACCAUAAUAUUUUGUUUGCAUAUAUGUAUUUAUAUAUGUAUAAUUUACAUGAAAUGUAGAUCCAUAGCACUUUGACGGGUAGGGGAAGCUCGUGGUUCAAGUUUGAUUGGACAGGAGAUCUUUCUGCAUUUAGCACAGUAUGCAGAGCAAACUGACAGGAGAUUGUUUUAAGUCCUUGUACUAUUCAGCUUUUUAUAGUGGAGUUGACACUGGUUUUAAUGGUGUGUUCUGUGAAGAGGAGGGCUAACUGGAGCUUAGCUUAUGUAAGAUGUCCAACGUUACCUGGUGGACUCAAAGGUGGCGUGACAGCAUGCAGCGUCUUUUCACACAGACCAUCUGCUGUGGUAUACACUUGGCUCACUAGUGCCUCCUGGUGUUGAAAGCAAGUCUGUGACCACGUACUGUCUGCAGGCGGCUCCCCGGAAGAGUGAGGGAGUGGGGAAGCUCGUGCUCAUGUUCCAAAGACUGUGCUGUUGAAAAUCUGUGUAAAAUCUAGCCCGCUUCCAUCUGUACGCCCUUACCACUUCACCCAUAACUUUUUUUUACUGAUCAAAUGUCAAGCGUCAAUUUUUUCUCCCUUUGUUUUAUAAAAGUGAGAGUUGAAGAGA